UUUUUUUCUGCCCUUUGUGUUUCGCUGAACCAGUCGGCUUCGUGUUCGUGAAGGCGGACAAUCAAGACUAGCAAGUUUAGCGUGUGCUUUUAAGUUGUUUUUUUUUUACACCCGUUAUUUUGUCAGCAGUUUAAGCUUUUUGGACACAGCAUUAUGACCGACAAAAUGGAUAUGUCUCUAGACGACAUUAUCAAACAGAACAGGCAGCAGAGAGGUGGCGGCAGGGGUGGAAGAGGCCGAGGCCGCGGAGGUUUUGGCGGCGGCCGAGGAGGAGGCGCUGGGCGCCUUGGAAUGAGCGGCGGAUAUGGAGGCCGAGGUGGAGGAUCCGGCCCCAUGAGGAACCGUCAAAACACGAAUCGCGCUCGAGGCAGACCGACGCCAUACAACAGGCCCAAACAGCUUCCAGAUAAAUGGCAACACGACAUGUUCGACAAUGGCUACAGUGGAUUCAAUGGUGCAGCUGGCGGCGCUGGUGUGGAAACCGGAGGGAAGCUUCUUGUCUCCAAUCUCGACUUUGGUGUUUCUGAUGCAGAUAUUCAGGAACUUUUUGCCGAGUUUGGGACACUGAAAAAGGCUGCAGUCCAUUAUGAUCGUUCAGGAAGAAGCCUAGGGACUGCUGAUGUUCACUUCGAAAGAAGGGCAGAUGCACUCAAGGCCAUGAAACAGUACAAUGGCAUCCCACUGGAUGGGAGGCCCAUGAACAUACAGCUUGUCACAUCACAGAUUGAUACACAGAGGCGGCCAAUGCAGGGUAUGAACAGAGGCGGUGGAAUGAACAGGAGCCGCGGGGGUAGUUUUAGCAUGCAACGAGGAGGCCGCAUUGGAGGGCGUGGCUCAGGCGGCUUCAGAGGACGGGGACGAGGUGGUCGAGGGGGUAGCGGCAAGCAGCAGAUUUCAGCGGAAGAACUCGAUGCCCAAUUAGACGCUUACAAUGCAAGAAUGGACACCAGCUAAGAAGUGUUGCAGUCCUCCUUGGUCAUCCUUUCCUGUCCUGCCCUGCACAGAAGGAUGAUUGUUACAAUAGUUGAAAUUGUUUUACACAUGGUUGUCCCGAUGUGAUUGGUUGUCGUUCCAGCCUCUUAACUACUCUGAAGUGUUUUUUAUCAUGUAUUUUUCUUUUUCUGACAAAAAAAAAAUUUUUUUUCUCUGUAGGUUGAAAGUUUGAAUUUUCAAGUCCAUUCCUCAAAACUUGUAGUAAAUGAAACUUAUAAAUAAACCUGCAGUGUAUAUUAACCAA